ACGUGCAGGAGCCGUGAGCGCGCAUCAGUCGGCGGCGUGUAGUGGCAGAAUGGAGUUAAGUCUGAUGGUGGUUCCAGUUCUGGCUCUGGUUCUGGCUCUAGUUCUGGACUCCUGCUGGUCCCAGAGUUACGUCCUGACUGACGGAGACAAACUGGGGAGAGUUUUUGACGGGAUUGGAGGUUUGAGCGGCGGAGGGGCCACCUCACGGUUGCUGGUGAAUUAUGCUGAGCCAUACCGCAGCCAGAUUCUGGACUACCUUUUUAAGCCAAACUUUGGAGCUUCUUUGCACAUACUGAAGGUGGAGAUAGGAGGAGACGCUCAGACUACUGAUGGAACAGAGCCGUCCCACAUGCACUACGACAACGAUGAGAACUACUUCAGAGGCUACGAGUGGUGGCUCAUGAAAGAAGCCAAGAAGAGGAACCCAAACAUCACACUCAUAGGCCUGCCCUGGGCAUUUCCUGGUUGGGUGGGCCGAGGCAAAAACUGGCCCUAUGACUACCCGGACAUCACUGCAGCAUAUGUGGUGAAGUGGAUCCUUGGUGCCAAGCAGUACCAUGACUUGGAUAUUCAAUAUGUUGGGAUUUGGAAUGAGCGAAGCUAUGAUGCCAAGUACAUCAAGCUGCUGAGGUAUACGCUGGAUAAGAGUGGUCUGGAGGCGGUCAGGAUCGUAGCCAGUGACAACCUGUGGGAGCCCAUUGUGGUGUCUCUGCUGCUAGACCCUGAGCUGAGCAGCGCUGUAGACGUGAUAGGAGCUCACUACCCUGGAACCAUCACCGUGACCGAAGCCUUGAAGACACAGAAGAAGCUGUGGUCCUCGGAGGACUACAGCAGCUUCAAUGAUGAGGUUGGAGGAGGCUGCUGGGCUCGCAUCCUGAACCAGAACUACGUCAACGGACUCAUGACUGCAACCAUCUCCUGGAACCUGGUGGCCAGUUACUAUGAGGACCUGCCGUUCGGCAGAGAUGGUUUGAUGACUGCUGAGGAGCCCUGGAGUGGAAACUAUGUGGUGGAGUCUCCCAUCUGGAUCACAGCCCACACCACCCAGUUCUCCCAGCCAGGAUGGACAUACCUGCAGACUGUUGGACAUCUGGAACACGGUGGAAGUUAUGUAGCCCUGACUGAUGGGAAAGGAAACCUCACGGUCGUCAUUGAAACCAUGACUCAUGAUCAUUCUGUCUGCAUCAGACCUCCACUCCCCCCCUUCAAUGUGACAUCCCAGAAUGCAACUUUCCAGCUGAAGGGAUCGUUUACUUCCAUUGAGGAACUCCAGGUCUGGAGAUCACAGUUUAACUUCAAGACCAAGAAGCCGUACUUCUUUGAAAAACUGCCUCCACUGAAGGUUUUAAAUGGAUCAUUUACCCUCAGUCUGGCUGAAGACGAGGUUUACACGCUGACUACGAUUACCACAGGAAAUAAGGGCAGCUACCCCGACCCGCCUCCAUCAGCUCCUUUCCCUAAAGUCUAUAAGGACAACUUUGAUGUUUUAAACCCUCCCUUCUCUGAGGCUCCAGACUUUGCCGACCAAACAGGGGUGUUCGAGUACUACGUCAACCUCACCGACCCUGGACCUCACCUGUUCACCUUACGCCAGGUUGUGACCCAGAGACCCAUCACCUGGGCAACAGAUGCUGACCAGACCAUCAGUGUUAUAGGAGACCAUCAGUGGCAGGACCUGACCGUUUCCUGUGAUAUCUUCAUGGAGAACAUUCAGACCGGCGGUGUGUUCGUAGCAGCCAGGGUGGAUAAGGGAGGUGGGUCGGUCCGCAGCGCGAGAGGAGUCUUCUUCUGGGUGUUUGCUGACGGCUCCUACAGAGUUACCAAUGAUCUCGCUGGACAGACUGUGCUGGCAGAGGGACUGUCUGGUACUCAGGCCUUUGGUUGGUACACCUUAACGCUCACUGUCCAGGGCCAGUAUGCAUCAGGGUUGCUGAAUGGAUUCCCACUGUGGAGGAACGCUGUGGUUCUGACACCAAAGAAUGGCUGGGCUGCCAUAGGAACACACUCAUUUGAACUGGCACAGUUUGAUAACUUUUCUGUGAUAGCAGAGUAAUAAUUAGCAAGGGAAUAAUGAUUUAUACGAUGCUGUGAAUAUUUGAAUUAAUUUAUUGACUUGACUCAUGUCUUGAUUUAACAGUUUCUUGUCUUAAACAUUUAUUUUCUCUCUUUGUAAAGAUUGAAUGUUUGACACACAUGAAGAGAACAAGAGGCACAUGAUGUAGAAUAAUGUUCUGCACUCUGGAAGUUUACUGAUGACUGUAAAUGAUUUUGUACUGUGGGUUUUAUGAUUUUUAUAACCUUUCACUUUUUGAAAUGCAUGUGUUCAGUUUGGGGCAAAACGAGCCCAACUCAAUGGAAGGGUAAUAAAUUUUUAAAAAAAAUCUGUCAUAACUUAACCAUGAAUCAAAUGACAUGCAGAGUAGCCUGGUUUCAACAGCUGCUUUUAGAGAAAAACUUAUUUCACCAAUAGAUUUAUUUAGACUGCAAUUGGCAUCAAGUACCAGGAAGUGGGAAGAUGUGUUAGAGAUGUUGAGGAUAGAUUUGAACUCUUGUUUUAGUUUCUGACAUUUUUACUAAAAGGCUCUGUCCAAAAUACUUUCUAGCCCUUGAAGUUGUCAUCAGUUUUUGAGAAAAUUAAGGCUGCUAUACUAUUUCUAAUAGUGCUGCUAAUUUUACCGUGCUCUAGCGUCCAGAUAAACCUAGAAACUGGAGCAGUCCUGGUGUCCAGCUUCAGGACAGAUGCUCCAGUAGUAAGACAUGUCCCUAAAACAGUCACUGCACAAAACUACAGUAAGACAUGUCCUUAGAACAAUCACUGUGGUAAGGCAUGUCCUCCACAGGGCUACACUUAGAGACAAACAAUCACACUCACAUUCACACCUACGGUCAAUUUAGAAUCGCCAGUUAACCUCAGCAUGUUUCUGGACUGUGGGAGGAAGCUGGAGAACCUGGAGAAAACCCACACAUGUACAGGAGAACAUGGAGACUCCAUGCAGAAAGAUCCCAGGAAGGCCGGGACAUGAACCGGGAUCUUCUAGCUGUGAGGUGACAGAGCUAACCACUGAUCCACUGUGAAACCUGAUCUGGAAGCUGUAAUGUGGAAAUGAUAAACUGAGGCUGAAUGUUGAUUUUUUUUUUUUUAUAAACUUCAGAUUGUUCAUGAUGUUUGGUAAGAAGAUAAUUCUUUGUAUGUGAACAUUUCUGCACUAAACCAAAGGAACCAUCA